AUGCCGUUGAACUUGUUUUUUAUUGCUGCGGGGUUGAUCGCGUGCCUGCUCAUUCUCCGACGUCGGGCCGAUGCGUCUCCACCCGGACCUCGCGGCGUACCGCUGCUUGGCUCAGCCCUAGAGCUCCCGUCAAAGUUCCCCUUUCGCAAAUUCAAUGAAUGGAGCAAGCUGUACGAUGGUUGGUUUGUGUUUUCCGCAAUCGGUCAAAAGUUUCUGGUCAUCACCAACUACGACAUCGCUGUCGAUAUCUUGGAAAAGAUGGGCACGCAGACAGCUGAUAGACCAACAGUUCCAAUGGCUAUCUAUAUGGCCCGACAUAUAGCAUUUACUCUCGAGAACUAUGGUGAUCGGUGGCGGCGAUGCCGACGGUUGGCCCAUGAAAACUUCAACAUCCGUGCGCUUGACCAGUACCACGGUAUCUAUGAGCUUGGAACAGCCAAGCUACUUCGGCAACUUUCCAACAUCGAUCCAUUGAAAGUUCCAGAGGAACUACUGCAGUUCAGCGGAACCUUGACCUACGAAGCUAUGUAUGGUCCCGAAUCAGGCGGAGAAAACGUUAAACAGAACAUUCGCAAAGUGUGGGAAAUGGCCGAGACACUUGGAGAUGCCAUGUCUCCUGCUAAGUUCAUCAUCAACCUGAUUCCCGCACUUGGAAUGCUGCCGGAACGCAUCAGCCCGUGGAAGCAGUACGGAACUCGGUAUUUCAAUGAACACGACAGGUUCUUGAUGGAGAUGGCUCAGCCUGGGCUCACCGGACAGAGUGAUUCGGGAUUCGUGGCCAGCUGCAUGCGUAUGCGUGACAGGACAGAGGGAAUUUCGGACGCGGAGAUCGCAUGGACAUCCUUUGCUCUCUACGGUGCAGGCGUCGAGACUCAUAUCAACGGGGCGCAAGAUGAAGUCCGCACGGUUGCAGGAGACAGUCCCCCCACGUUUGAACAUCGGAGCAAGAUGCCGUAUGUUAUGGCAGUCAUGAAAGAAGUUCUUCGAUGGAGACCCGUACUUCCGGCUGCUCUUCCUCACACGGCGUCCCAAGACUUCCAUUACAAUGGAUAUCGCAUCGAGAAAGGGACAUAUAUCUUUUAUAAUCAAUGGAACAUGUGCCGAGAUCCAGCGGUUUACCCGGACUAUGACGUCUUUAGGCCAGAAAGAUUCUUAGCGGACCCUCCUGCUCCAGACCCUCCUGUAUUCGGUUUCGGUCGUCGAAUCUGCCCUGGUAGAAAUUUCGCUCGAGAUCUGUUGUUUUUGGCUAUAUCGAACUUGUUAUGGGCCUAUCAUUUCGAGAAAGCCACAGAUGCAGACGGUAAAACGAUUACCCCUUCACCUGAAGAUAUCGACGGGAACAUCCUUUUGCAUCCUAAGCCGUUCCAGUUCAUCAUGACGCCUCGACGAGAGAUUCCCCAGUGA